AUGGAAAAGUCCGACCUCACCGCGGGCUACCAUAGCGAGGGCGACCGCACGCCUGUUCAUGAAGAGAAGAACAUCGACGCCACUCGCCAUGUGCCAGACAUUACAGACCCGGAUGCAGGCAAAAGCGAUGAGGAGCGAGCAGCAAUUGACAAAAAACUCCUCCGUAAACUCGACCUCCACCUCAUCCCCUGGCUCACCCUCCUCUACCUCAUCUCCUUCCUCGACCGCACCAACAUCGGCAACGCCAAAAUCGACGGCCUCCUCACCGACUUGCACAUGUCCCAAAACCAAUACCAAGCCUCCCUCUCCAUCUUCUUCAUCUCCUACGCCCUCUUCGAACCCCUCACCAACGUCCUCCUCAAAAGACUCCGCCCCAGCAUUUUUUUACCCCUCAUCAUGUUAUUGUGGGGAAUUUGUAUGGUGUGUAUGGGACUCGUACACGAUUUUUCGGGGUUAGCGGCUGCGAGAUUUUUCUUGGGAAUGUUUGAGGCGGGAUUGUUUCCGGGAGUGAAUUAUUAUUUGAGUUGUUGGUAUAAGAGGUCGGAAUUUGGGAUUCGGGCUGCUGUGUUUUUUUCGGCGGCCGCGUUGGCGGGUUCGUUUGGAGGGUUGUUGGCUGCGGCGAUUAUACAGAUGAGAGGUGUUGGUGGGAAGGCGGGUUGGGCUUGGAUCUUCAUCCUCGAAGGCCUAGCAACCAUCCUCAUCGGCAUCGCCAGUUACUGGAUGGUCCACGACUUCCCCACCGAAGCCACCUUUCUCUCCCCCACCGAUCGUCAACGCGUCCUCGUCCGCCUACGCGCCGACAACCCACAGAGUAGCAGGGCAGCACAAGAGGAGAAAUUCCAACUCAAAUACUUCUGGCAAUCCCUCCGCGACUGGAAAACUUGGGCCUACUGCAUCAUCUACAUGGGCUGCGACAUGCCCUUGUACGCCUUCAGUCUCUUCCUCCCCACCAUCAUCCGCGAAAGCGGCUUCGUCAAAUCCGGAAGCACCACUCUCACCAAUCUCCUCAGCGUUCCCCCUUACGCCGCCGCAGCCCUCCUCACCGUCCUCGUCGGCUGGUACGCCGACCACACGCGCAAACGCGGUCUCGCAAAUAUUUACAUCUCAUUCCUCGCCAUCGCAGGCUUCUCCAUGCUCCUCGGCAGCUCCAACCCCAACGUACAAUACGCCGGAGUAUUUCUCGCCGCCAUGGGAAUUUACCCGUGUGUACCCAACACCAUUGCAUGGGGAUCGAAUAAUUUCGCGGGAAGUUAUAAACGAGGAGUCACCAUGGGAGUUUUUAUCGGAUGGGGAAAUUUAAAUGGAAUUGUCUCUUCGAAUAUUUUUCCGCAGAGUAGUGGGCCGAGGUUUUUGGAAGGGCAUGGGGUGGUGUUGGCGUAUUUGGUGGUGUUUUUGUUGGGCGGGAGUGUGCUGACGCAUUGGGGAUUGGAGAGGGAGAAUGGGAAGAGGAGGGCUGGGGAGAGGGAUUUUUGGGUGCGUGGGAAGACGGAGGAGGAAAUUGAGGAGUUGGGGGAUUGUGUGCCGGGGUAUUUGUAUACGACUUGA